CGCGAGCUGUUUGUGCGAGCAAGGAGGCUAGAUGAUUACCCCCGAAGCCCUCGCUAUGAGGCCGAUCGGGGUCGAGGCGACUCCUGCGGCCGAUGGGAGACAGAACAGGGCCGACGAGAUGGAUAUAGGGACGACAGAUACGAGAGGUCGGAUCGAGAUGGCUACAGAGGAAGUAGAUAUGAGAGAGGAGAUCGGGACUGGGAAUGACAAGAUGGGUCGCGCGGACGGUUUGAGCGCGGGGGAGAUGCGAGAGAGCAGCGCGACGAGUCGCGGGGAUGGUACAAUCGAGGGGACCGACGCGAUGAGACACGAGGACGAUAUGACUCGGGGGACCGCCGGAAUGAUUCGCGAGGGCGGUAUGAGCAAGGAGGGUCUGGAGGAGACCGGCGCAACGAUUCGCGUGGUCGGAAUGAGAGAGGGGGAUAUGGCGUCUCAUCAGAACCAUAUCCCAAAUGAUCUGGGAGAUGUAUCGAUGUUCCCUUCGAUGAAGGGGAAUGUCGAAGCAAGGAGAUUAGAGACGAGUAAAGGAAUGGAGCCGGUCAGGAGCCAGAGCAUCAAGAUAAUCUUUGAGGGGGAUAUCGCAACCACACCCAUAAGGGUGGCAACCACCAAGUCGGCUAGAGGGUCUACAUCGAAGAAGACUGACACGGAUUACGUGAUGACGGAGAAGGACGGGCAGCGGGUCGAUGGAGAGGAGGUUAUCCUUUCCCCGAGAAAGAGGGGAGUGAAGAAGUUCUUAACGAAGAGUUCGCUGGACGAGAUUGACACGGUUGAGCCACUGAGGCGGGCCCUUCCGCAACCAAUGCAGUGUUCUAUUCUGGAGUACCUGGCGGCAUCGAAGCGGGCUCUAGCUCAAAAAGUUAAGCCAGCCGCGGUGGGCCGCGAGCGAUCUGCAUUGGAAGGGAUAUCGGAAGAAGAGAUCGCGAAAGAAAUCAAAGAAAGAAAGAGAAAGGAGCCGCAACGCCUAACGGAAGAGAGGAUAGCAGGGAUGGACAUCGGAGAUGGAAAUCUGACCCCACAGGAGCGCGGUAGGAUUGACCCUCGAUACGCUAAGCCAGCAAGGAUUUACACGAUACCACAUGUUCCCUGGAAUGAUGCGGGAUGGAAAUACGCCCAGAAGGAGAAGGAAGAAGUUACCACUUUCCUGAAAGAAAAGAUGGUUUCCCAUGUUGCGGAGCCGUCUGAUAGCGCUUAUGCUAAUCGAUGGUUCUUCCUACGAAACCUGAAUGGCAAGAUCAGAAGGUCAACGCGGUCACGAUACGAGACGUGGGCUCCAUGCCACACGCCGAUUUACUGGCAGAAGGCGCCGCAGGGACGCCGAGCAGAUCCGGCGAAGUUAGACAAACUUCUGAACUGGCCGUCACCGUUGCAUAGCCCUACCGAGGUGCGGCAGUUUCUAGGAGUGGUCGGUUACUGGCGUAUAUUCAUACGGGGGUAUGCGGAGAAGGCUGGGCCAUUGAGGUUACUCCUUCGAAAGACUGAAAACUUCUAUUGGAAUUCUUCAGAGGAACUUGCUAUGCAAAAACUUAAAGACGAAUUUAAGGAAGGAGGACGCGUGUUGGGUGUGCCAUUCUUUGACGAUGAGACCGAGAGACCCUUCAUAGUAUCCACGGAUGCUGGACCAUGUUCAGUGGGUGGUUUGCUGUCUCAGAAGGACGCUGGAGGGAAGAAAAGACCGGUAAGAUUUGAGAGUAGGACACUUAAUACGGCUGAGCGUAACUACAGUCAAUUCAAGAAGGAAGUGUUAGCUAUUCUCCGGUGUCGAGACACGUUCAGACACUAUAUCUAUGGGCGACGGUUCAUCUUGAGAAUAGACCCCACCGCGGUUGCCUCUGUCCUCCAGAAGGACUUUAGUCUGACGGACCCGACCAUCGCACGAUGGUUGAUACGGAUUCGGCUAUACGAUUACACAGUUGAGGGAGUAUCUGGUACUAAAAAUGCCGUGGCAGAUAGACUUUCACGCAUCCCUCCCGAGCGUCCGAUAGUAGCUGGGGCUCUGACAAUGGUAGAGCCGAGGCGCGCCGAGAGAUUUCUAGUUAAUCUUUACGAGGGCAAGUACCGAAUGAUCGGACUAUACUUGACGGUAGAGGAGAGUCGAGAUUCGAAAAUCCGGAGGCAAGCAGCUCAGUACUGCCUUAGAGCGGGCCACCUUUUCCGAAGGCCAGUAGGGUCGGGAAUGCCCUUACGAGUAGUUUGUGAUCCUGAGGAGAGGCAGACGAUAGUUGCGGAACUUCACGACGGGGUAGUCGGAGGAUACAGGGGAGUUAAAGGAACUACGAAAAGAUACGCCGGCUGUACUGGUGGGAAGGGCAAUAUAAGGACAUCGAGAGGCUUGUCAGUGCGAACACUAGCGAGGGAAAGCGCGCGAGAAGAAGAGCGGUUGACGAAGCAGACAGAUGCACGCGCGAGGCCUGGUCGAGAAAUCGACACCGUCGAUACGGGACCAGGAAGAUCCGCCUACAGCUGUGUGGGAUCGGCUUGGCCACCAGGAGAGCCGGCGGGAGUUUCCACUGCGGAUGAUGAGAGAGGCAAGACAAGGAAGAGGGCGACAACCAAGAGGAGAGAAAAGCAGCAGGUGGUGGUGGCGGUGGCGUUCGUGGAGGAGGAAGUGGCGGAGGAGGAGAUCAUGGUAGUUUACGCAGAACGCGCGCGUAAGAGGCGGCGUGCUCAGCGCUCCUUCCCUGUUACGACCUUCGGCGAGCCCGGCUGCCCUGCUGACUUCGACGGCCCUUUUCGUCAGAACAUAGAGACAUUUCUUGAGGAACAUGCCGAGCAGGUGGGUUCGUCUACAUUUGAUGGCAUGGCCUCCUGGACUCUGAUCAUGGAGACAAAGGAAGGGUCACGAUUUCAGCUGCUAGUGAUCGAGGAGCAAGUCGAGUAUUCUCGUCGACUACACUGCGAUCAUUGUCGUUGUGUUGGUUGGAGCCAUCAUCCAGUAUCAAAUAAGCGAUAUCACUUCAUUUUGCCUGCGGGGGAUGUGUACGACGCGCCGUUUUUUGGGAAAGGGAGGAACACAUGUCCCCAUUGCGAUCAGAUUGUUCCGUCCAGCAUGCUGCUCUGCACGUUCUGCGGGACAGAGACCGGGCAGCUGAGUUUUUUCGAUUUGGAGAGCCAUCUGCUCCACGGUAUAUUCCACUCCAACGGCUACGGUCAUCUCACUAGAAUCAACGGUCGCGAGAAGGGUUCCAAAUACCUAAGCGGCAGGGAGCUCAUGGAUCUGUGGGAUCGCAUCUGCACCAUGCUUCGAGCGCGGAAAGUGAGCGUGGAGGAUGUCUCGAAGAAGCGGUCGCUGGAGUUCCGCCUACUCCACAGCGUUGCUUACGGAGGGUCCUGGUACGGCAGGAAUUGUAUGGCGGGUUUAGUUGCAAAUUGAAAUGUAGCGAGGGGUUGCUAUGUAAUUUAUUGCUGCAAGAGUCGGCCACAAAUGAAAGCAAAACCAAAUC